CCUCUUUCUUGUGAUCCCAGAACCAUUACAUAGAGUAGAGUACAUACAUCAUACCGGCCACUUGUAGAUAGAUGACGCCUGCAUGCAGGGUCCCCUCGCGUCCACCACGCACUAGUGAUGUUUGCACCCCACAACCUUUAACGAACCAACAUGUCGCGCUUUUCACUUUACACGACACCGACGCGCCCUCCAUACACACCUUGAAUCCACACUGAUGGCGGAGAUGGAGAUGGGCAGUAGUAGCAUCAGUCCAGCCAAAAAACGAAAACGCAGCUACUCCUCGUCCUCGUCGUCCUCGCGCUCCUCAUCCAGCCCCGACCGAACCCCGGCACGCAGACCGGUGGUCGUUUCUUCCUCCGAAGACGAAGAUGAUGUAUCGGAAUACAAGCAGUCAUCGUCGCCCCCAUUGCCCCCGCCAGAAUCGGCUUGGGGUUCGGGCGAGGAUGAGCAUUCGUCCGUGAUCAGUGGCUCGCGGAGGAGCGAAAAGAUUGCGGGCGCUGAGGGCGACGGGGAUUGGGAUUGGGGGAGUGUUGAUGGGACGGACGCGGACGCGGACGAAGAUAGGAACGGGGAUAGGACGGAGAAUAUGGAGUGGGAGGAUGAUGCUUGGGGGAGUGUUGAACCAGCGAGUGAUGCUGAGAAGCAAGGGGAGCCCGCCGCGCGGGUCAAUGGUGGGGGCGUUGGGAUUGCGACAGAUGAUGAUUGGGGGAGUGUUGAGCCUACCGAGGAUGAGGAUGGCGACGGGGAUGUGACAAUUGUUCCGGAUGGUGGAGACGAUGAGGAGAGUGAGGAGAGUGAGGAUGAAGAACGGGAAAACGUGCAGCACGCGCAAGUCAGUAUUGACGACCAAGCUACAGCCGACGAUGACUGGGGCAGCGUUGAGGCGGCCUCGGACGGCGAGGGGAGAGUCCAAUCUGAGGGAGCGGAGGACAGUGGAGACGAGGAGGACACCGGGCCCGCGCUAGGAAGAGCCACCGACGAAGAAGCCUAUGAAGCCGAGUCGGAAGAGGAAAUAUAUCCCCAUCGCCGCCGGAGGCCGGUUAUCCACUCGCCAGAACUAUCAGCAGAAGACGAUGAAGAUGACGACUCGACGACCUCAACCUCCCGCUCCUCCCGCUCCCGCAUAUCUCAAACCUCAGAAACGUCUUCCCCGUCCCCGUCCCCGUCCCCCCCACCUCUAUCCAGCAAAUCCCGUUUCAUACGAAACGCCUCGCAGCAAUUCCACGAAAGCCUAGAUGCGGAAUCCCCCCCACGCGUCAAGGGCCGGCGGCGAGGGGCCCAGAGAAAUAAAUUCACCACGGAGUAUGUGGAUCUUCUCAACACCGAGAUCCGGGCGGCGCGGGACAGGUCUAUCUACAGCACCUCCGAUGCUUUCCGUCGACAGGGAUGCUACGUGCUCCUGUCGUAUUGGACACCCGACGAGCAAGACGUAUUUUUCAACCACCUCGCAGUGCUGAGAAAGGACGCAGUUGAUGGCAUCGCCAAAGCCGUGGGAACAAAAACCGUCUUCGAGUGUCGCGCGUAUAUACAGCUACUAGAGGAGGGGCUGUUGGAGGUACAGGGGAGAAGGAGUGUCUCGCGCUCGCGGGAUACCGUAGGGCUGGGGGAAAUUCCAGCCGCGGUGGAACUAUCGGAGGACUGUGUGGCGGCGCUCGAGCGCCAGGCCGAUUUCGUCGAGGACCGGAAACGACGGGAUGAGGAGCGGUUUGAAAAGCGGCGGUGGGGAGAUUGUUGGCUCAUCGAUGAGGAGCUUGCGGCGGAGGUGAAGAGCCUGUAUAAAGCCGAUGAUACCGAGGGGAUUAACGAGAUCGCUCCAGAGGCCGAGCUGCUCGAUGUUGCCAAGAUUCUGGACCUCUCGGAGAAGUACUUCAUGAACGGCUCUGGCGAGAGUAACUACCGAGCCUUCGCCCCGCGCGGCGAGACUCCGUCAAUGCGCUACACCGCCUUGCAAGACCUCCACAGUCUGGUCCUCUCCGUUACCCGCCGCAUAGUUCAGACCAGCAUCUUCAUGGCCGAGUCCCGGCUUCGGAAUAUGGAAAACCAGAUCUUCGCACCAGCGCCAUUUAUCCGUGCUGACGACGUGCAAGCCGCAGUGGAGGCAAUGAGUCUGCCCCAAAACACGGUGCAGUACUGGGCGCAGCUACCACGGCGUACCGGACUGGCAGUUGUCGAACACAUCAUCCAGAUGAAAUACAAAGUUCCGAAGACGAUGGAGCUCACGCACGUCGAGGAGUUCCUGAACAAGCCCAUCACGAAAGUCAGUGGCACAAAGAUCAGGCGGAAACCCCAGGCACCAGAAGCGAAUAGCAACCCCCCUUCCGAAGCCGAGGACUCCGACGCAAGCGAGGCAGGAUCCCCCACCGCUCGGUCCUCAUUCUCCUCCCUAGAUCCCGACUCCUCAGACCUCUCCGACGACGACGCCAUGACAACCCACCCCUCGGCCGCCCACAUCCGGCGCACACGGAAACUGGCCCUUCUCGCCGCAGCAGAGGACCGCUACAUGAACGCCAUCGACGCAAGACAAUCCCUGCGUGAGGAGAAACAGCUGUGGCGAGUGAUGGGCUUUUCCCCCACCACAUCCGCAGAUGAGAAUGAGGAGGAGGGGGAUGAGGGGGAAGUACCAAACCCUCUCCGCCGCCAAGUGCGGGAUCUCGAGUGUACCACCGACUGGCGUGACGACGUGGUAUACCACGCACCGUGGGAGGUGGUGAAAAAAUUCGAUACGAUUUCGUGGCCGGAGGCCGAGCACACCCAUCAAGAUGCACUACCGGACCAGCCAGCAACUCCAAACCGGAAUCGAAAACGACGGAGGAUCCAAUACUCCGACGACGAAGAGGAGGAAGCGGAGGCUACGCCGACAGAUUCAAGCGCCAGCGAUGUCGAAAUGCCACCAGCAAAAAAGCCCAGGUCCAAGUUACAAUCACAAUCGCAAUCACAAUCACAAGCACAAUCACAAUCGAGGCCAAAAUCGAAACCGAAAUCGAAGCCGAAACCCGCACCACCCCCACCCCCACCACCGGUACAGAGAUCCCCGAGAAAAGCACGGAAUAGAAGACAGAGCGCUGCGCCGGUGGGAUUCGUGAAUACUGUUGAUGCGCUUAUGGACUCUGACGAUGGUGCUGCUGGGGACGCUGUUGGAGGCGGGGAGGAGCCACGGGAAUAUGAGUAUGUGGCGGAAUAUGAGGAGGAUGAGGAGGGGGAUGAUGAGUAUCAAGAGGAGGAGGAAUAAGCGGUUGUACAUAGUUUUUUGAUGAUUUUGGUUAUGGAUAAUGGGCGAGCGCCUGGUUUUGGAACUUAGAACUUGGUGGGGCGUUUAUUUUACUUUAUCUUUUUAUUUCGGUUUUUGGUGGGAAAUACCAAUUACAUUCAGUUACGAGGGAAUGGGGAUUAGUUUCUCGAUGGAACUGCGGCGGUCGUUGCUUUACUAUACAGAUGGUGCGUAGAUUAUGAAUGAGGC